CGGGCGAUGUGAGGGGGGUUUAAAUGGUCCGGGCCUGUUUCCGGUGGACGGGUCGGGGCCUUCCGUGUUCCCUUUACGCCGCUGGCGGCGGCAGAGGCAGAUGCAACGUGUUACAUCCACACGGCUCAAAGUUGUCCGAGAGGACCAUCAGUCAGUCACAGCACGGUCACCUUUGAUGGCCGGUGCGACGGUUGGACUGAAUCUGCGUGGUAUCGUAUCGGCGGUGAUUGGCCUUAUAAAAGAAUGGAUGAGCUGGUGCAAGAUCUAGUCUCUGAUCUGGAGAAAACUUCUGAGCACACACAAAAGUAUGCCAAUUUUGAAGAUGAAGCCUCCCACAACUCAACAUCGUACUUACUGAUGCGUCAGGCUAGGAAGCGGAGAGUUGGGAGGAGACGAAUGGACAUUGAACAUCGGAUCUGGGAAUUUGGUCAAUGCAUGAGUGAUGUUUCUGAAUCUAGUCUGGAGGGCACAAUUCAUGACUUACACAGAAAAUAACAAUUGCAAUGAUUCGGAUGACCAUCUCUCCGUUGCCAAGCGUCUGUCUUCCCUGAACGUGACAGCAAUCAGACGGAAAAGGCAAUCCUGGCAUGAGUCGGAUUCCAUCACAGAUAGCAACUUAAUUGGUAGAUCUUUGCAAAGGAGAAAUAUGGUCAAACGUAUGGCUAUAGAUUCACCAGCAGAGGUCAGCAAUACACUUCACCCAUUGACCCAGGGCAAUGUUCCAGCCGCAAGCCCAGAAAGAAGCCAAGUACAAAUAAGCCAGCUCCAUUUCCAUUUCCAAGUCCAGGACAUCAGCAAAGACAAGAUCAUCAAGCCAAAGCGACUGCAAGUCCCAGAUGAAGGAGUUGGUGUUGAAAGUGAAGAAAUAUGCAACACAAAUAGAGACAAGAUGGAGUAUGAGGAGCAGAAAGUCUCGGAUGAUAGCAUGAGUGACAGUGAAUCGAGCAGCCUCAGCAGCAGCGAUCUUGGCUUGUUUACCAAUGAUGAAGGAAGGCAAGGUGAUGAUGAACAAAGUGACUGGUUCAUUGAGGGAGAAUCGGGAGGGGCGUGUGGUAUUGCAGGGGUCAUUCCCUGGUGGGAGCAUGAAGAUGCCACAGACCUGGAAAGGGAACUGCCAGAUCCAGUAUUUGAGGGCAUCUUAACGGGCACGUUCCCUCUCAUGUCACAAGAAGCCCAGAGAGGUUUUCAAAGAAGACUCUCCCAACUGUCUCGAAUGGGAAACAGAAAUGGCAGAAAGGGAUCCAAGACGUUUUCUACAAAGAUUAACAACCCUCUGCCUGGCAGUAAUGAGAGUCUUGACCAGUUUUCCCAGGAACCUCAUCACCAGCAUCUUUGGUUUUGCCCUGCAGCCAGUGAGGAUCACAGUCAGCUUGAUGAUCUACGAAAAGUUCACAAAGACAGAACAUCCAGAAAGAGCAACAGAUUACAAACAUCUAGUGGACAAACAAGCGCUCAUUUUGGAUCUCUGUGCACAGGAGAUAUCAAACGUAGACGAAGAGCUGCACCUCCCCCUGGACCUUUGGCCGCAGCAUUUGUAGGUGAAGAUGCCCAUCCUAUCCCAGAAACCAACAUCGGCAGCCGGAUGAUGCAAACCAUGGGGUGGAUUCCUGGCACAGGGCUUGGACCAAAUGGCAACGGGGUUGCUGAACCCAUUAAAGCUUUAUGGCGACCUAAAGGAGUUGGACUUGGCUUCUGCUGACAGCCAGCUAUUCAGCUCAAUCAAAACAAUAUCCUCAGUUCAAUGGAAACAACUUCACCAGCCUUUGCUGAAUUGUGCUCAAAACAUUGGUACACAUGGUAGAAUCGAUUGUUAAUUAUAUUUUGAAUACAACGCAUGCUUACUUCUGAGCAAAGUCAAUGUUGAUUUACUCUAUUAAUUGCAAUGGAGGUUUCCAGAUAUAAAGAAGUGAAUUUAAUUGCUGUACAUUUAUGCACGUUCAAAGGUUUUUGCAGGCAAUAAUUCUAUUUCAUCUAAAAUGUGGUGGCUGAAAGUGGAGGCAACAAAUGUGAAUUUAUCAUGAAAUAUGGCAGUGCAUUACCUCUUCCAAUACCCAUAAUAUGAAUAUUUCUGUGUGUUUUUUGCAUUUGUCAUUCUGUUACUUACCACUGCUAUGUUUCAAUUGAAAAGAUGAUGAAAUGGAUGAUCAGACAUGUGAUAACAGUAUUGCAAGAAGCAACUCAGUGCAAGCUGUUCAGAAAUGAUUUUCAGUGAUUGCAUACUAUCCAUUAGCCUUUUGUUUGUUUAUGUUGAAGUAAAUUUAUUUUAAAUUCAACAUUCUAUUUCUUUAAUGUCCAAAAACAUUGUAUAUUGUACAGAAAUUAAAUAAUUUCAUCAACAUGACAGACAAAAUGUCCUUGAAUAGAUCCCAAAGUAUAUAUAAUAUGUUCUACACAGAGACUACCUUAAAUUCCAGAUUUUAAGGGUUGUUUUAAUUGAAUAUUCUGUCAUGCUACAUACUUUACACAUAAAAUGUAGGCCAUGUAUUAUAGUGACUUACUUUAAUAAGAUAGUGCUCAGCCAUAUUGGAAUAAACAGUGAUUAUUGUUGUUAUAAUAAGCACUCUAGUGCAUUAUUCUUUAAAAAGAAAGCUGGGAUACAACUGAUUAUUGAACGUGCUUUUAAUCACGUUAAUGUACUGAGUUUUAGUAAACAGAACUGGUUUAAGAUUUGUUCUCAGAAUGCCUUUCUAAAACAUUAAUGCAGCACAGUUUCUGGAGUCUUUGCAUUUAGAAAUACAACCUAUUGCCUCCUGUCUCACUAAGCAAGCACUUGAUUUGGCCUAUCCAUCCAUUAAUUUAUACUGUGGUUUGCAGGUAAUAACCUUAUUUAAUAUUCUAAAUGACAUUAAAUGAUAAAAGCAUUGCAUUUUUAAAUAUAAAAAACAAUUGUAAGUGUCUAGUGUUCAGUAAUAUAUCUUGCACACCCUAUGUAGUGCAACUUAUUCUAGCAAUAAUACUGAUGCUGAAAUCACUAAUGUAUAUCUCAGAAUGACAAUAUGGAUUUUCUGUAUUUCUGUAAUCAGUCUAUAAUAUAGUAUUUAACAAUAAGGAAAUCCCUUAUUUUUAUAUUUUGUCACAAUUUUAGGUACCGCAACAAAACAGGACAUGUGACAGUAAAAUAAUUACAAAGGCAAGAUUAGGAUGUAAUCUAAGUAAAAAGGUUAAGAAAACAAACACAAUAUUUCUGAGUAUCUAAAUAGAAACUUACAAGGGAAUUAAGAUUUGCUUAACAGAGCAGUUAAUUUAAUUGGAAUUCACUUUAAUUCGACAAGUAGAAGCUCUUAGCUUAGAAAUCUAUUAUGCUCGGGAUGAGAAUUGCUUUUUUUUCACUUUGUCUUUUAUACUUGGACUAGACAAGUUUAUUUCAUUCUAAAAUUCUCAAUCAAAUUCACACUCCUCCACCAUAGAUGAGGCUCGCACCAGGGUCUCUUCCAUACCCCGCAACACUGCUCUCUCGCCCCAUCCCUGUACUCGCAACAAGGGCAGAGUCCCCCUAGUCCUCACCUUUCACCCCACCAGCCGGCAAAUACAACAAAUAAUCCUCCGCCAUUUCCGCCACCUCCAACGUGACCCCACCACUCGUCACAUCUUCCCAUCUCCCCCCAUGUCUGCCUUCCGCAAAGACCACUCCCUCCG